AUGUUGCUCUCCAAGCAGAAGCGCAAAGCAACCAAGGGCGACAAUACUAUGAUGCUGAUCAAGAUCAGUAUCGUGGGCAGUACCGGGCCGAUCCGAUUUGUCGUCGACAAGAAGGAACUUGUCGCUACGGUCAUCCAAAGGGCCUUGAAGUUCUACGAGCGUCAAGGUAGGUUACCAGUUCUGGGCUCCGAUCUCGAAGAUUUCGUGUUAUACUGCUCCACAGCCGCCGGAGUUGAUGCUCUGAGUCCUUGGGAAACAAUCGGAUCUUGUGGUGUUAACUUCACUCUAUGCAAGAAGCCACCAACGCCGACCCAGCCACUACCAUUGGCUACUGCUUCUGAUCACAAAAAGAGCCUGAUCAAGGGGUGGAUCAAUAAGUCACUCAAUAUAUAUCAACAUCUACAUUCUCAUUGA